CACAUCUUUUUAAGAUAAGUGGAAGUAACUUUAUUUCAUGCACUGAUUUUUUUGAUCUGUGUUCAGAGUUGCCUGGUGAUGUCAGGCUGGUGGGAGGAGCCAGCCGCUGUGCUGGUAAAAUAGAGAUGAAACUCCAGGGAGAGUGGAAAUCACCAUAUAGGCCUAAAACAAAGAUUGAGCACCUCCGUGUUGAUCAAAUAGAGGUUGAUCGCUUUGGGAAAACAGUGGAUGGUCAGUACAUUGACUGGGACAUGACAUCACUAACUGAAGUGUGCAGACAGCUCAACUGUGGCUCACUUGUUUCACUGCGAACGGUACGGGGUUUCCCUGGUGGAUGCAUACAUGACUAUCUGCCCUUAAUGUCCUCAAACCCAGAAUUGCCUUCUUCCAAGGUGGAGAUCACCUGUUCAGACUCUGUCAGGCUGGUGAAUGGGACCAGUCUGUGCUCAGGCAGACUGGAGGUGAAGCCGAACCACUCUAACCAGUCAUGGUCCCCAGUGUGUGAAGCAGACUUUGAUCAGCAGGAUGCAGAGGUGGUCUGCAGGGAGCUUGGCUGUGGGCCUCCUUCAUUCCUCCAGGGGGCGCUCUAUGGAGAAGUGGAGGCUCCAAUGUGGACCAAAGAGUUCCAGUGUGGAGGCCAUGAGUCUGCUCUCCUGGACUGUAGAAGCUCAGGCUCAGAAAGAAACACCUGCUCACCUGGCAAAGCUGUUGGACUCACCUGCUCAGAACAUGGUGGUGUCAGGCUGAAUGGAGGGGCCAACCGGUGCGCUGGUGUGCUGGAGAUGAAACGGCUCGACGAAUGGAAACCAGUGGCUGCGAACAACUGGAACCUGCUAAAAUUAGCAGGCAUAGUUUGCGGAGAGCUGGACUGUGGCUCUGUUGUUUCAUUUAGAGAAAGAGGGGAGUCCGCCAGUGAAAAUUGGGCAAUCAAACCUGACUGUGAUGCAUCUUCACUGAUGAAUUGUUUUAAAGAAUUUUCAUAUUCUUUUACCGUCCAAGAGAUAACCUGCUCAGACUCUGUCAGGCUGGUGAAUGGGACCAGUCUGUGCUCAGGCAGACUGGAGGUGAAGCCGAACCAUUCUAACCAGUCAUGGUCCCCAGUGUGUGAAGCAGACUUUGACCAGCAGGAUGCAGAGGUGGUCUGCAGGGAGCUUGGCUGUGGGCCUCCUUCAUUCCUCCAGGGGGCGCUCUAUGGAGAAGUGGAGGCUCCAAUGUGGACCAAAGAGUUCCAGUGUGGAGGCCAUGAGUCUGCUCUCCUGGACUGUAGAAGCUCAGGCUCAGAGAGGAACACCUGCUCACCUGGCAAAGCUGUUGGACUCACCUGCUCAGAUCCUCCAGGUGAUAUCAGGUUGGUGGGAGAGGUCAGCCGCUGUGCUGGAAUACUGGAGAUGAAAAACCAGAGAGAGUGGAGAUCUGUGGCUAAAAUUGAUCAUGGAUGGGAUCUUAAGUCUGCAGCUGGAGCUGCAGUGUGUAGACAGCUCGAUUGUGGUUCUUUUCUUUCAACGUUUGAAUUGUAUAAUGAAGCUUUAGUCAGAUCUGUGUGGUGGAUCAACUCCUCCUGUGUUGAGUUGAGAUCGACACUGAAGGAAUGUACGACAACUACAGGGAAUUCAUACAGUUCUGCCAGCCUGAAAAUCAUCUGCACAGACUUGCUGGCGGAACCAAACAUCUCCUCCUGUCCCUCCCCUGACGGGGUCUCUGAUGUCAAGCAGCAGGGGGUCCAGGUGCUCAUGGGCUCCAACUUCACCCUCAGGUGCUCUGUUGAACCACAGUUCCCAGGAGGCUACUUCCAGCUUAUCUCCACCUCCUCCAACAGAGCUCAGAACUACACCUUGCCAGCUGUCAAUCACUCCGCCCAUUUCCUGUUCUUUGCUGCAGACCACACCCACCGAGGGGAGUAUCGCUGUGUUUAUCACAAUUAUGUUUUCUAUCAUAACUUCUCCUCUGAGAGCCAGCCACUCCAUGUCACUCUGGCAGUUUCUCUGACUGCGUUGAUCGUCAGACUUGUUGUCAUCCUGUUGGGUAUGAUGCUACUCAUCACUGCCCUCAUCCUCACCUCUAAGGCCAGCCAGAAGUUGUCACGAGAGACUGAGAUUAAGGAUUAUACUCUCGGUGGUUCCAGUUCUAAGGGUCAGAUAGACGACGAGGACGUGACUCCGAGGACAGAGUAGUUUCUCUGAGAACAGCCUUGCUUGCAAUUAUUUGUGUAAUGUCUUGAGAUCACAAAUUAAUUAUUUCUUUAUCUCGAAAUAGCAAAGCUCAUUUUCUCAUGAUAACUUUUAAAAAUAACGAUAGUUUUUGGUUGAUUGUAUUUUUGCUUUUGAUACAGUUUUUUUGUGUGGUAGGCUAAACAUUUAUACAUUUUAAAAGUCACUGCUUUAUUUUCUUGAUUGACUGAUCAGUAUCACCUGUUAUUAUUUACUUUUGAUGUUUCUGUUUACUUUUGAAAAUAAUAAAUAAAUAUAAAAAUAUGUGGGCCAUAUAAAGGUUCUACUGCUAUAUUCAUGCUCUCUCUAUGUAGUUUGAAUAUUUGAUAAAUAAAUGAAGUAGGAGGAUAAUAAAAACGGACCUUAGGGGCGUCGGUAGAGUAGUGGAUAGUGCCGGCGCCCCAUGUACAGAGGCACUGCCUCGCUGCAGCAGCCGCGGGCUUGAAUCCGACUCAUGGCUCUUUGCUGCAUGUCAGUCCCCACUCUCUCUCUGUCUCCCCAUUUCACUCUCUGUCCUGUCAAUAAAGGCAAAAGCCCACAAAAAAAUAA